AUGUUAACUGUCGUCUUAGUAACUGCAGUUUUGAUUAGCACUGGCGUCGCUAGGCCAUCGCUCAGAUAUUUGGAAAACACAUUUACAGUGGAGAAUGAAUCAGAGGAAGUCCGUUCGGAAGCGCUGAAAAGGCUUUUGGAGGUUUUUGGAAUGGAAGAUCCACCUCACAUCCGCGGCCUCCACAAGCAACCGCCACAAUACAUGCUGGACCUGUACAAUACUGUGGCGGAUGUUGAUGGCGUUACUAAGGACCCUGACCUGCUGGAAGGAAACACCGUUCGCAGUUUCUUCGAUAAACUUCACAGCGAAGAAAUCCAGUUCUUGUUCAACUUGUCUAAUGUUGCCAAAACUGAGAAGGUCUUGACUGCAGAGCUCCAUCUGUUUAAACUGAGACCCCAGGCUUCCUACUCAUUCAACAGACACCACUUUUGUCAGGUCAGUGUUUACCAGCUACUUCAAACCAGCAAAAUGAACACAUCCCAGAGCAGGAAGCUGUUGUCCUCCAGGCUUCUUCCUGUUCAUUCCAGUGGCUGGGAGGUUUUCUCCAUUACACAUGCAGUGCGCUCUUGGAUGGCGGAUGAGGGUAGUAACCUUGGUUUGCUGGUGACGGUGAGGACCCUGGGGGGUAGCCAGAUGGAUUCAAAGCUGGUGCGCUUCGCUUCAGGCCGCCACCACCACCAGAGCAAGCAGCCCAUGCUGGUCCUCUUCACUGAUGAUGGCCGGAGGGCUGCCUCCCUGGAAAACACUCUGAAAGAUAUGCAUGACACCUCAGCACCUCCCAGCCUGCCAGUUGCUCAGAAGCCUCUAGCUGCGCAACGUAGCCCACGCUCACUGGACUAUGAGGAAGACGAUCAGAAGAUGCCCUGCCAGCGUCUCCCCCUGUAUGUGGACUUUGAGGAGAUUGGCUGGUCGGGCUGGAUCGUGUCCCCUCGCGGUUACAAUGCCUACCACUGCAAGGGCUCCUGUCCGUUCCCGUUAGGACAGAACAUGCGGCCAACCAACCACGCCACCGUGCAGUCCAUCAUCAACGCUCUCAGGCUCACCAAGGGCAUUGAGACGCCUUGCUGCGUGCCCGACAAGCUCUUCUCCAUCAACCUUCUCUACUUCGACGACGACGAGAACGUGGUGCUGAAGCAGUAUGACGACAUGGUGGCGGGGAGCUGUGGCUGUCAUUAG